UCAAAACUGAAAACAAAAUGUUAAUUAUUCAGUUAGGUAAGGCAGAUAGUAAAACUACCGUUAUUUGCGUAAGUGUGCAGAGUUAUAUGCUGGUUAUAAUGUCCAAAUACAAAUAUUAAUAUUCACAAGUAGCUUUAAAUAUUGAUUAAUUUGCCUGACCUAUAUUUGCAUGUCAAUAAAGCACUGAAUGGCCCUUUUAUAAAGAAUCAGAAUCACUUUUAUUGCCAAGUACUCUCAGAGGAGCUGAAGAUCAGCUUUAUAGAAUGCCCAAGCGUUGUCCGCAGCAACAUUAACAAUGAUGACAUCCCCAUCGGUGUCCAUGGAGGAUUACCAAGAGGCUGAACAGAUGCAAGUGGGAGAACAGACGGCGGGACAAGUGGAGGAGAGGUUGGAGGAAGAGGAGGAGAGCGAGGAAGAGGAGAGCAGCUCAGCACCGUCUGAACCACAAAGUCCUAUGGAGGUGUACAAGACGGCCAUUUACAGACACCCCUUGUUCCCCCUGCUGGCGCUGCUCUUUGAGAAAUGCGAGCAAUCCACUCAGAGCUCGGAGUGCGUGACCUCGGCCAGUUUCGAUGUGGAUAUCGAGAACUUUGUGCGAAACCAGGAGAAAGAAGGCAAGGCUUUCUUCAGUGAGGACCCCGAUUUGGACAAUCUGAUGGUGAAGGCCAUCCAGGUGUUACGGAUUCACCUGCUGGAGCUGGAGAAGGUGAAUGACCUGUGUAAAGAUUUCUGCAGCCGCUACAUCGCCUGCCUCAAGACCAAGAUGAACAGCGAGACGCUGCUCAGCGGAGAGCCAGGAAGCCCCUACUCCCCAACACAGAUACAGCCGCAGAGCUCGUUCUCUGGAGCCAUGAGUCCUCAAGGUAUUGUAGUACCAGCAUCGGCUUUACAACAAGGCAAUGUUACUGUCACAGCUGUAAACCCCACACAGGUGCUAACAGGCGGUACAGUAUAUCAGCCCGUUACAGUUGUCACUCCACAGGGGCAGGUGGUCACACAGACUCUGUCACCUGGAACAAUACGCAUCCAGAACUCACAGCUUCAGCUGCAGUUGAACCAGGAUCUACACUUUUUCAGUCAGGAGGACAAUUCGUCUAAGGCCAAGAGAGGCAUCUUGCCCAAACACGCCACCAGUGUCAUGCGUUCUUGGCUCUUCCAGCACAUCGGUCACCCCUAUCCUACAGAAGAUGAGAAGAAACAGAUCGCCCUGCAGACCAACCUCACCCUGCUGCAGGUUAACAACUGGUUUAUUAACGCACGGCGACGGAUCCUUCAGCCCAUGCUGGAUGCCAGCUCCUCAGACACACCCAAGAACAAAAAGAAGACGCCCCAAACGCGCCCCCUACAACGCUUCUGGCCCAACUCCCUCGCCGCCUCUGUGUCCCAGCAGCAGGUCACCAUGGAAGACGGUACCAUGGUAACAGUCGGUGUAGGUGAGGAUGGACUACACACGCUCUCAUCAGAUGGAGCUACGCUGGCCAUGCAGCAGGUCAUGAUGGGAGGUCACAGUGAGGAUGAUGAAGAUGAAGAUGAUGAAGAGGACGAGGACAAUGAUCCUCCCCACGCCGACGUGACCAGGCUGGGUCUGGAGACCAGCGACUCGCUGUAGUAGGACUGAACAACACACACACACACACACACAUAGA